AUGCUGGGAGGAACGUCGCUCAAGUUCGAGAUGGACGUCGGACACAAGGGCAGCAUCGGCGUGGGAAACAAAACUCGGCUCGCAUCGUCACUCAGUGCAGGCGUGCACGACGGCGACGGCGAAUCCAACAACAAAGCUCACCGCAUCCGCCUCAACAAAUCCCUCGCCGACGACACCGUCCUCAGCCUCCUCCCAACCCCCGCACCCGCGCCCAUCCCACCCACCACACGCACCUGCACGCCCACGUCCAUCCCCAUCCCCAUCCCCAUCCCCUCGCCCUCGCUCUGCACCCCCGCCAUCUCCUCCUCCCCGCCUCCCACCCCGCUGCCGUCCGCAAACACCCCCAACGACCCCCGCCCGCGCAUAUACCGCUCCCUCCGCGCCCGCCCCGCCGCCACCUCCAUAUCCAGCCCCAGCGUCCGCAGCCCCGACCCCGCCCCGAACUCCAUCUCUCCGCCCUCCCCGAGCCCCACCCCGCCCAUGCUCACCACCCGCGGCGCGCUGAUCAUCCCCUUCAGCGACUCCGCCCGCCGCUUCCGCUCGCUCUCCGCCCCUCCGCCGCUCCCGCUCGCGCUAACGCUGCCCAUCCCCGCGCCGAACGCGUCCCCCUCGAGCAGCGGGCCCAGCCGCGCGUCCUUCCGCCGAAACAGCGCCUUGAGCCCGCGCAGGCUCGCCGAGCGCUCCAGCACCCGCACGCCCGUAACGGGCACCGUCAUCGGCGCCGCCAGCGGGCCCCGCAUCGGCAUGCCCAUCGGCGUCACCGGCGCAGGCGGAUAG